AUGGAGUGUUGGAGACGUCAAAGCAGAGAGCAACCAGGAUGUCAACCAGGAUCAGGAAACCCGAUUCUCGCCUUGUGUAUGCAAACACGCUCUCGUGGAAGUUCGAACUUGUUAAGUCCACACGAGCUUCAGCGAGCCGAGCGUGAGAAGCGAAACGCAGAGCAAGAAACAGAGCUGAACGAGAGUCGACUUCUGAGGUAG